CUUGACAAUGUAUUGACACUAACACACGUUGUUUAUGUUUUCUAUAAAUAUAGACCUAAGACAAUAUAAUAAUAAUGGAAUAAACAAACAUUAAACAUGCUAUUUUCUGUAAUAAAUGGCUAAAAUUAAAGUGAACAGUUAAUAAAAAACAUGACAAAUCAUUACGAAUCAUAUGGAUUUAGAAGGAUUUUGGAGGAAUUUAUUGAUACAUAUAGAAAUCAACCUUGUCUUUGGCAAAUGAAACACGAAGAUUAUCACAAUAGAGAAAAGAAAACAAAUGCAUAUAAUAAAUUAAUAGUUUUAUAUAAAAAAAUAGAACCAAAAGCCGAUCGUGACACCAUUGUAAAAAAAAUUAAUGCCCUACGGACGACCUACCGAAAAGAAAAGAAAAAGGUAGAAGAGUCUAAACUAUCUGGGACUGAAUACGUACCUACAUUAUGGUAUUUUAAUCUUUUAAAAUUUUUGGAUGACGAUCAAACAAUGAUAAAAUCUUCUCGUUCAAGUGUGGAUGAAAUUGACUGUUAUCAAGAAAUUGAGCAAAUAGAAAUUCAUGCAGAUGAUUAUUCUACUGGAACUGCUUCUACUCCUGAAUUUCCUGAGCAAGCAUCAAGUCACCCUACACCUUCCAAAAGAAAGCGUCAUUCAUUGAGAGAUGAACAUCCAAGAGAUUGGCCUAUUGAAAUUUUGUUAGAUGACAGCUAUUAUGAAAAUUUUGGAAAAAUUGUGGCAGCGAAAUUGCGAUGUUUAGCAAAAGAUCAGAGACUGUUGGCUGAGAAAAUGAUAAAUGACAUACUGUUUCAUGCGGAAAUGGGCGAUUUGACCUAUACAGAAGAUCAGAAACAAUUGAUGAGAAGUGAAUGGAAGAUGCACUUGCAGAAUCUUUUAUAAUCAACAGAUAUUAUUUGACAAAUUAGGAAAAAAUUGAUAGCUGAUUGCUAAUUCCUAUUGAUGAAAUUGAUUAUAUUCGAUAUGUGAAAUUUCAUUCAACUUGUC